UCGCCCCCCUGGGGGAAACUACUCUCGCUGUCGUCCUUGGGGAAGGCGACUUAAGGAAGGUAAAGAUGAUACGAUUUGUUGUGGUCGACGUCGAGUCGGCUUAUAAUGUGAUUCUGGGAAGGCCAGCGCUCAACGCAUUCCAAGCGGUAGUGUCAACCUACCAUAUGAAGCUGAAAUUCCCCGUUGGAAGUAGGGUAGGAGAGGCCCGAGGCAACCAGAAGCUGUCGAGAACCUGCUAUCAGAUCGCAGUAAGAACAAACCAGCGGGCAGAAGGGAAGGAAGGAAAAAAGCCGAUGAUGAGCGAGAAAAGGCCAAGGAAUUCUGAUCUCGAACCCCAUGGGGAGCUAAUGGAAAUACAAAUCGGAGAAACAGAGGAACAGACCACUAAGGUCGGGAAAGAUCUGGAAGUCGAGCUACGAAGCCAGCUGAUUGCACUAUUAAAGGAGUUCAGGGAUGUCUUUGCAUUCACCCCUGAAGAGUUGACAGGGAUCGACCCCGCGGUUAUGGAGCAUAAACUCAAUGUCGACCCCCUCAGAAAACCAGUAAAACAGCGGCUUAGACGUCACGGGGAAGAGAUCGACAAAGCAAUUGAAGUUGAGGUGGAUAAGUUGCUACGGGCAGGACAUGUCAAAGAAAUCCAAUUCCCCGAAUGGAUAUCCAACACUGUGAUGGUAAGGAAGGCACUAAACAAAUGGCGCAUGUGCAUCGAUUUCCGGGACUUGAACCUGGCUUGCCCAAAGGAUCAUUAUCCUUUACCACGAAUUGAUCAGCUAGUCGACUCUACGGCUGGCUGCGAAUUAUUGAGUAUGAUGGAUGCAUCUCAGGGAUACCAUCAGAUCCCGUUAUGCCCGGAGGACCAAAGUAAGGUGAGCUUCGUGACCAGUAAGGGGACGUAUUGCUAUGUUGUCAUGCCUUUUGGGCUUAAGAAUGCUGGAGCCACUUACCAACGGCUGAUGGACCGAAUGUUCAAAUCUCAGAUCGGGCGAAAUAUCGAGGUAUAUGUGGACGACAUCUUGGUAAAAAGUAAAAUCUCAUCCUCGCACCCAGACGAUUUUAGGGAAACAUUUCAAACUCUUAGGACGUUCGGGAUGAAGCUGAACCCCAACAAGUGUGCCUUUGGAGUAAAGGCAGGGCGAUUCCUGGGAUAUGUCGUCACGGAGCAUGGAAUCGAGGUAAACCGGGAAAAAGUGAAGGCCAUACUCGACAUGGCCCCACCAAGAAGCAUUCGAGAUGUGCAAGUUCUGACGGGACGGAUUGCAGGACUGAGCAGGUUCAUUGCUCGGGCCGCAGAAAAAAGCUUCCCAUUCUUUAAAGAAUUCAGGGACAUAUUCGCUUUUUCCCCUAAAGAGUUAACGGGAAUCGACCCCGAUGUCAUGGAACAUAAACUCAAUGUCGACCCCUUGAAAAAGCCCGUGAAGCAACGGCUUAGACACCAUGGUGCAGAAAUCGACAAAGCCAUAGAAGUCGAGGUGGAUGAAUUGCUGAAAGCCAAACAUAUCAAAGAAAUUCAAUUCCCAGAAUGGAUAUCAAACACGGUGAUGGUGAGGAAGGCACUAAAUAAGUGGCGUAUGUGUAUUGAUUUUCGCGAUUUAAAUUUAGCCUGCCCGAAGGACCACUACCCCCUGCCGAGAAUCGACCAGCUGGUCGACUCCACUGCUGGCUGUCAAUUGCUAAGUAUGAUGGAUGCAUCCCAAGGGUACCACCAAAUCCCCUUGGCUCCCGAAGAUCAAAGCAAAGUUAGCUUCGUGACGAGCAAGGGGACGUACUGUUAUGUCGUUAUGCCUUUCGGACUUAAAAACGCAGGGGCAACAUACCAAAGGUUGAUGGAUCGAAUGUCUAAAUCACAAAUCGGUCGAAAUAUGGAAGUUUACAUGGACGAUAUCUUGGUGAAAAGUAGGUCCUCGAUCUCGCAUGUAGAGGAUUUGAGGGAAACGUUUACGACACUAAGAACGUUUGGAAUGAAGCUAAACCCGAGUAAAUGUGCCUUUGGAGUAAGGGCAGGACGAUUCCUGGGCUACGUCGUAACUGAAAGGGGGAUCGAAGUAAAUAAGGACAAAGUGCAAGCCAUACUCGAUAUGACCCCACCUAAGAAUGUUAGAGAAGUGCAAGUCCUGACAGGUCGAAUUGCAGGCCUAAGUCGAUUCAUAGCCCGGGCAGCGGAAAGAAGUUUCCCAUUCUUCAGGUUACUCAAGAAAAAAGCUUUCCAAUGGGGAGACGAGGCUCAGAUGGCGUUUGAAAAAUUGAAGGAGUUUUUAAGCAAGCUACCGUUGUUAACAAAGCCGGAGCCGGGCGACGAGUUGGUGCUCUACAUCUCGGUGGGGAUCUUUUCUUUGAGUUCUGUGUUAUUGAGAGAAGCUGAAGGGGCCCAACAGCCGAUCUAUUAUACGAGCCGAGUGCUUCAUGGUGCAGAAGCAAGAUAUUCCGAAGUCGAGAAAGCCGCACUAACAUUGGUGCUCACAGCCAGAAAAUUGAGGCCAUAUUUCCUCAACCAUGUGAUAGUAGUAAGGACAAAUUUCCAUCUUGGUGAGACACUCGGCCGACCUACAUUGUCGGGUCGACUGGUGAAAUGGGCGGUCGAACUCAGCGAAUUCUCCAUCAAAUACGAACCUCGACGGGCUAUAAAGGCCCAAGCUCUAGCCGAUUUUAUUCAAGAAUGGACUAAAGGAGCAAGCAAGAAAUGGAUGAUGCACGUCGACGGGUCCUCAUCAGCCAAAGGAUCUG